AUGUACACAUCCGCGCUCCUUCUCGGCGCCGUUGCCGUCCUCCUCGACACCGUAUCCGCCCACGGCUUCGUCAAGACUGUCAACGUGAAGGGAACCUACACCAACGGCUCCGACCCGGUCUGGUACUACUACCCCAAGGACUCUCGUCCCCAGACUGCAGGCUGGGAUGCUUUGAACCAAGACAACGGUUUCGUCGAGCCGAACUCCGUUGGCACAGCGGACGUGAACUGCCACAAGAGUGCCACAGCCGGACGUCUCUACGCCAACGUCAACGCCGGAGACACCAUUGAGUUUGCAUGGAACACUUGGCCAGACAGCCACAAGGGCCCAAUCAUCAACUACAUUGCACCUUGCAACGGUGAGCACCCUCCACAGGUCAAUAUGACGAGCUCCCCUGCUAAUCAGUUUUUCCCUUCAGGUGACUGCACCACUCUGACUCCUGGUGCUCUUCGCUGGUCAAAGAUCUCCCAGUCCGCCAUCAUCAGCCCAGGAACCUGGGUUACAGACAAGCUCAUCACGGACAAUUUCAAGGUCUCUACUGUCAUUCCAGCCAAACUCGCACCUGGCAACUACGUCAUUCGCCACGAAAUCAUUGCUCUUCAUGGUGGUCAGAAUGUCAAUGGCGCGCAGCUGUACCCUCAGUGCUUGAACCUCAAGGUUGGUGGCAGUGGUUCUGUCAAGCCGACCUCUGGUGUACCUGGAACUAGCUUGUACACAAAGGACAUGCCUGGUAUUGUGUUCAACAUCUACACCAAUCCUACAACCUACACCUUCCCUGGUCCGGCGCUAUGGACUGCCGCUAACUAA